UAGGCAGAAAAAAAAGAUCAAGCCAUUCAUGCAGUUGUUGGCUGGAGUCACAAUUCAGGUUUUCAGUCACUCUUCUUGUCGUCAGUUUUAUAGAUACGGAUGAGCCCUGUUUACAAAAUGGACCUCGGCUGGAGUCCCUAUUCAGUCCCUGUUGGCCACUCGUGUGUUUUUCUUUUCAACUUGAGGAAAAAACAACAACGUUUCCAAUGCUAUUUGGCCCAUUGGCAAAAAAAUGGUGGAGGAAAUGAAACAAAUCCUGUGUGUGUCUGCCAGAGCCGGCGAAAGCGCCUCAUUGGCAACGCUCCACUGUCGUGCGGACAGAAAAUGAAGCAAUUUCCCGCGCUCGCCCACUGUGACCGUCACCUAAAGGGGCAUGCGCCGGGUCUCAAGUGAGGAUUUGUUGUUUGAACAAAGGCUGUCGACAGCACCCCGGCGUCAGCAUGUUUUUCCUCUCUCCGGGAACCAGACAGUACGGAUGAUGGCUUUAUGAUGCGGAAGGUGGCGAUGGGCAAGUGACUUGCCGAGCUCGUGCCAAGAAUAAAAAGAAUGCUAGAAGCCACCUGAUUGGACGACAACUGUCCAGCUGGGCAUUUGCAACUCAGGAGGGUUCGGACAUCAGCGGGGAGCAGUGCAAGUAGCACCAAAGAGCGCCCCCGUCGCUGCGCUUUCUGACCUGAAGGCCUGAGUGCUGAACUCCAACGUUGGCAGCGGGCGGUACGAGGGGGAGGCCAUGUGGACCGCACGCCUGCUAGUCCUGGCCAGCCUCUUUGCUCCAGCCGCUCUGGCCUUCAGCCGCGCACCCAUCCCCAUGGCGGUGGUGCGUCGGGAGCUGUCCUGCGAAGGCUACCCCAUCGAGCUGCGCUGCCCGGGCACCGACGUCAUCAUGAUCGAGAGCGCCAACUAUGGGCGCACUGACGACAAGAUCUGCGAUGCCGACCCGGCGCAGAUGGAGAACACCAGAUGCUACCUGCCGGACGCCUACAAGAUCAUGUCGCAAAGAUGCAAUAACCGGACACAGUGUGCCGUGGUGGCCGGACCGGACGUAUUUCCAGACCCCUGCCCAGGAACUUAUAAAUAUCUGGAAGUCCAAUAUGAAUGUGUGCCAUACAAAGUGGAGCAAAAAGUAUUCCUGUGCCCAGGGCUUCUGCGCAGGGUAUACCAGAGCGAGCACCUCUUCGAAUCGGAUCACCAGUCCGGAGCAUGGUGCAAGGACCCCCUCCAAGCCUCCGAUAAGAUCUACUACAUGCCGUGGACGCCCUACCGCACAGACACGUUGACAGAAUACUCCUCGAAGGAGGAUUUUGUCGCCGGCAGGCCGACGACGACCUACAAGCUCCCACACCGUGUGGACGGCACGGGCUUCGUGGUGUACGACGGCGCGCUGUUCUUCAACAAGGAGCGCACGCGUAACAUCGUCAAGUUCGACCUGCGGACUCGCAUCAAGAGCGGCGAGGCCAUCAUCGCCAACGCCAACUACCACGACACCUCGCCGUACCGCUGGGGUGGGAAAUCCGACAUUGAUCUGGCGGUGGACGAGAACGGCCUGUGGGUCAUUUACGCCACCGAGCAGAAUAACGGCCGCAUGGUCAUCAGCCAGCUCAACCCGUACACGUUACGCGUGGAGGGCACGUGGGACACGGCGUACGACAAACGCUCGGCGUCCAACGCCUUCAUGAUCUGCGGUGUCCUCUACGUUGUCAAGUCGGUGUACGAGGACGAUGACAACGAGGCCACGGGGAACAAGAUCGACUACAUCUACAACACGGAGCUGAGCAAAGAUGGCUUCCUUGACAUCCCGUUUCCCAACUCCUAUCAAUACAUCGCUGCCGUGGAUUAUAAUCCCAGAGACAAUCUGCUUUACGUUUGGAACAAUUACCACGUGGUCAAGUACUCCCUAGACUUCGGCGUGCUGGACAACCGCCUCGAGUCUUCAUCCUCCGUGAUGGUCUACAUGGACACGACAACCACCACCACGAGAACCACCACUCGUCCCACCACCACCACCGCCGUCACCUUCACAGCAGCCAGGACGGGCACCAACAAAUUGGUCACCAUCACUGCCACCACCUCUUCAACGGGUGCACCGGGACCCCCGCGGGCCCAAACGCCAGUGGGACGUCUGGGUACGGGAGACGACGAACGGUUGCCACCUUCCUCCAGGCUUCCCAACGUCAGGGCGGAGUACUGUAAUCCUCUGGUCAUGCUCGACAUUUCUUGGCCCAAGACCGGACAGGGAGUGGUUGCCAAGAUGCCCUGUCCUCCUGGGACCAUAGGCGUGGCCUCCUACUCGUGCGUGGGUCCUGAGGGCUACUGGGACCCUCAGGGGCCCAACUUCACCAACUGCACAUCCCCCUGGGUCAACAUCAUCAGCCAGAAGCUGAAAGCGGGCGAGACGGCGGCGGUGAUCGCCCGGGAGCUGGCCGAGCAGACCAAGAGCAACCUGCAGGCGGGGGACAUCACGUUCACGGUGAGGGCCAUGGUUCAGCUGGUGGAUCUCCUCGACGUCCAGCUACGCAACCUCACGCCGGGUGGGAAGGACAGCGCGGCGCGGAGCCUCAACAAGCUGCAGAAGAGAGAGCGCUCGUGCCGUUUUUACGUGCAGGCCAUGGUGGAGACGGUGAACAAUCUGCUCCAGCCACAGACUCAGGCAGCGUGGCGUGAACUGAGCACGGGCGAGCAGCUACGGGCGGCCACCACGCUACUGGACACGGUCGAGCAGGGAGCCUUUAUACUGGCAGACAACCUGCUCAAGACCGACGUCGUGCAGGAGAACACCGACAACAUACAGUUGGAGGUUGCACGGAUGAGCACCGACGGGAAUUUGCCUGACUUGAAAUUCCCCCAAACGGGCGGACAGGGCAGCUCCAUCCACCUGUCAGCCAACACACUGAAGCAACAUGGAAGAAACGGUGAGAUCCGCAUUGCUUUUGUGCUGUACAAGCAUAUCGGCGUGUACUUGUCCACGGAGAACGCCAGCAUGAAGUUGGGCAGCGAUGCCAUGGCAACCAAUUAUUCCGUCAUCGUCAACUCGCCGGUGAUCACGGCCGCCAUCAACAAGGACGCCAAUAAAGUCUAUCUCUCCGACCCGGUCAUCUUUACCAUCAGACACCUGCAGCAAUCCCAGGAGAACUUUAACCCCAACUGUUCAUUCUGGAGCUACUCCAAGCGCACAAUGACCGGCUACUGGUCCACGCAGGACUGCCGCUUGCUGGGCAACAACAGGACGCACACAACCUGCUCCUGCACCCACCUCACCAACUUUGCCGUCCUCAUGGCCCACAUGGAUGUCAAGAACACAGACACGGUUCACGACAUACUUCUGGAUGUCAUCACUUGGGUGGGCAUCCUCCUUUCUCUGGUGUGCCUGCUGGUCAGCCUCUUCACCUUCUGCUUCUUCCGCGGCCUCCAGAGCGACCGCAACACCAUCCACAAGAACUUGUGCAUCUGCCUUUUCAUCGCAGAGUCCCUGUUCCUCGUCGGGAUCAAUCGGGCCGACCAGCCGAUUGCAUGCGCCGUCUUCGCCGCCUUGCUGCACUUCUUCUUCCUGGCGGCUUUCACUUGGAUGUUCCUGGAGGGCGUGCAGCUCUACAUCUUGCUGGUGGAGGUGUUCGAGAGCGAGCACUCCCGUCGACGCUACUUCUAUCUGGUGGGCUACGGGGUACCGGCCCUCGUUGUGGCCGUCUCGGCGGCGGUUGACUACCGCAGUUACGGCACAGACAGAGUUUGCUGGCUUCGCCUUGACACCUACUUCAUUUGGAGUUUCAUCGGACCGGCAACCUUGAUAAUUAUGCUCAACGUGAUCUUCCUGGCCAUUGCGCUCUACAAGAUGUUCCAUCACACAGCCAUCCUCAAGCCCGAUUCCGGUUGCCUGGACAACAUCAACCACCGUUAUUACGAUGGAUGCGUUAUUGUAGAGUUGCACUGCUAUCGGGAUUUUGAACCCAAGAUCAAAUCGUGGGUGAUCGGAGCCAUCGCCUUGCUGUGCCUGCUGGGCCUCACCUGGGCCUUUGGCCUGAUGUAUGUCAACGAGAGCACUGUGGUCAUGGCCUACCUCUUCACCAUCUUCAACUCGCUGCAGGGCAUGUUCAUCUUCAUCUUCCACUGCGUGCUGCAGAAGAAGGUGCGAAAAGAGUUUGGCAAGUGCCUCCGUACGCACUGCUGCAGUGGCAAAAGCAUGGAAAGCUCCAUUGGUUCCAAGGGAAAUGCUUCUCGUGGUCCUGGACGCUACUCUGCUGGCUCACAGAGUCGCAUCCGUCGGAUGUGGAACGAUACGGUCAGAAAACAGUCGGAGUCGUCUUUCAUGACCGGUGACAUCAACAGCUCGGCGUCACUCAACAGAGGGGCUAUGGCUAACCAUCUUAUACCAAAUGCACUCCUACGUCCUCAUGGCACUAACAAUCCGUAUAAUACAUUGCUUGGGGAGUCGGCAGUCUAUAACAACCCGCUGGGCAUGUACAACGCGCAAGAGCCCUACAGAGAGACAAAGGGAAUCCUGAACAAUGCCCGGGAUACAAGUGUCAUGGAUACACUACCACUGAAUGGUAACCACAGCUACAGCAUCGCCAGCGCCGACUACAUGAGCGACUGCGUCCAGAUCAUUGAGCGGGGCUACAACCACAAGGAGACCACCCUGGAGAAGAAGAUCCUCAAAGAGUUGGCCUCCAAUUACAUCCCGUCCUACCUGAACAAUUCGGCGGAGCACAACCGCAACCUGGUCAACAAGUUGGUCAACAACGUCAGCAACGGCUCCAAGGAGAGCGGCUACGCGUACGGCUUGCGAGCGGCGAUGGGCAUCAACCCGGAGCACGGCACCUUCGGCGGCCACCCCGUCGAAGGCCUGGGCUUGGAGUCCAACGUGCCGCUCUUGCCCCAGAGGGCACUCCCCCCGCCAGACCGCUCGUUCGAGCACCCGCACCAGCCGCCGCCCCUCCCACUGGCCCAUCGCCCCUACUCGGCCGCCCUUACCUCAUCGUCCCGUCGGCGGAUCCCGCAGGAGAACAGCGAGAGCUUCUUCCCCCUGCUCAAUGACGAGAACGCCGAGGAGGACGAGGGUUCGCCGCCGCCGCCCGCUCAGCGCCAGAGAGACUCGCUCUACACCAGCUUGCCCAUGCUCCCGGGGCUGCCGGCGGACCCCAAGGACGGGGGCGAGGCCAAGAGUCCCGGGGCUAGCUCGGAUGACGUGUACUACAAGAGCAUGCCCAACCUGGGCUCCGGGAACCACCUCCACCAGCUGCACUCCUACUACCAGCUGGGACGCGGAAGCAGCGACGGCUUCAUCGUGCCCCCCAAUAAGGACGGCUUGUCCCCGGAGGAGCCCCUUCAGGAGCCCUCGCAUUUGGUGACCAGCCUAUAGACGGACCCCCGCCAGGUCACAUCUUUGUUUUUUGUUUUUCUCCAUCAGUCGCCGGCACUUUCUUUUUAUUGCCGUGUCUCUGAGACAUUGAGGUUUUCGUGGUGGAAAAACUGAGGGCCAGCCGAAGACAUUUUACCGCCCGCCCCCGCCUCGGAUCAUCUGUGUGAAAACUUAGAGGAUGUAGUCGGACCCAAACAAAUCCAAACUAUAGACAAGAGACUAUUUUAUGAUACACCUUGACAUGUUUUUUUCCAAGAAUUUAUUUGACACAUUUUGUUUGCUGAAGAAGUAAAAGCAAACAAAUAACGUGAAAGCAUCGCUGCUCUUUUCUUUGUCAAAUUAUAAAAGGGAGGAAAAAUGAUUCUAUGUAAAUGUACAGUUAACUAGCUAAGCUUUUCUUUCGGACGAUCAACCCCGUGUCUGUACCUGUGAGCAAUUUUUGUUCCCCUGUUCUCAUAAAACAAAGAAGAAGAAGAAAAAAAAAGAAUAACAUCACGUUAUUUGUGAAAUCUCUUUGUUGACAGGUCUAGUUUUGGUUUCUUCCCUGCUUUUCAGUGUAGAUAGCAAGAGUUCUGUCCCAGUGGUUGUUAUGAAAGUGUCCCUCAGAAAAGAGUAGAGAACGGAAGCACUGAUGAGUACUAAGGCACUUCUUGUACAAUGGUGGCUGUUGUACUUAUUAAAAAAAGCUUUUGGAGUGAUAUCAAAAGAUGCUUUUUUUCCCCCUCGUUUAUUUGAUUAGAAAUAAAGUGGACGGACGCUUACCUUGAGGUAAGUAUACCAUUUUUUUUAGGUCUCAACAAUACCAUGGAGAGAAAUAUUGCCUGUGGUAUUUUUUCGAUGAUGAUUGCUCAUUGUUAAUUUACAAAAUGCAAUAAUGGUCCCAUAGAAGAAGUCACAAACAUAUUUAUUCGGAUGAAAGACAUUAUUUGACUAAAUGUCUAAUAUGUUACAGUCUCUUGUUUUAAAUGUAACCAACAUAAAUGAAAUAUUACUCUGCCUACAAUUUUUACUUUUUUUUUUUUUGAAGAGUAAUGGAUAAAAGGUACCUUUUUUGUUUCAAGUCGGUCUUACAAUAUGAGCUUAGAAUGUUUUCAAAAUCCACUUCUGUCUGUUUUAGUGACAGCUUGCCGAAAGCUACGUGAGACGUAUCCAUACUUCAUUAGCAACACUGCUAACACCUGUUGCGGAAGUGAUACUUUUUUUUUCUUUCAAACUGGAUGCAGUGUACUGUAUUAAAACUUUCAAAGAGUUGUACCUUUGCACUGAUCCACGCUCAUAUUGUGCCAGCUGUUUUUGCACUUUUUAAAAAAUUUGUUGACAAAGAUGUUUUGUUUUUUAGGGCCCGUCUGCCUGUUAGCUUCAAGGCUAUCUGAGGAACGCACGGAGAAAUCGAUAAAUUAUGUGAGUUCUGAUAGUAAUGUUGAUAUGAAGUCGUUAUAUAAUCUCCUAAACAAUAUCAAGUUGAGUCGUAGUUUUGGAUUCAAACGUUGGCAUAGCAUUAGCUGACAGCUAUAGCCAGAUAGAACUGCCGACUGUGUGCUUUCUUCUUGUUUUUCUUUACCACCAUUGUUUAGCCACAGCGCCCGCGCCUGGAGGGGUUUUCCAGGACAGACUCGCGCCCAAAUAUGGAGAAUGGUUAACGUUACUUCCUGGGUGAGUUUGUGACGUGCCGAAAAACGUUUUAUUUAUUUUAUUAGAGUUAACGGGAACAUAAAAUGAAAAAAUAUAAGAACCAAACAGUUUUUCCCCCCUAAUGUUUAAAGAAUCAACAAUAUUCAUCAAGUAAUAACAUAUACAAUAAAAUGCUAUUUUGUGAUAAAAUAUAUGAAUUAAACGUAAUACAUUUCAUGGAUUUAUUGUAACAAAAAUUUAAUGAUAUAAUUUCAAAAUAAAAUUUGCCCCUGGGAUUACGAUCACCAUAGAACAGGAUUUUUCCUCUCUUUGUUUUGAAACUUCACAUCACCUAUGUGCAAGUAGAGCCUCAGUCGCCGAUGCAAUCAAAUUAUCUAACUUACAAAUGCUGCCACAAUUCCCACGCACUUGGCCCAACCUGUUUCCAGCUAUUGAUGUCACUCACGAGGGCACGCCCUUUAAAGGCAUAUCCAACACUGGAAUACUACAGCAUGCAGAGUAAUCCAACUUUUUUUUUAAUACAAUGCUGUGCUAUUUUCUUUUAUAAAGAACUUUUUUCCCUCCAUUUAUUCAAAACAUGCAAACAAAAUAUCGUGAUUUUUUUGGAGGAAUUGCUGGGGUUGAACUUCAAUAAUUCAAUGUGAAACAUUGCAAACAGUUUUUUUUCCAAAAAUGAAAAUAAGAUAAUGCUCAGUUCCAUUUUAUUUCCCUGAAAAUACAAAAUUAAGCAGGGGGAGAAAAAAAGGAGGAUUCAGCAGCUGCUACGUCGUUCCCAUUGGAGCGUUUAUCUCCAGCAACACCUGCUCGUAAUGGGGCCACACUGGAGCAAAAAUGAAAUGACACAUGUCAUACUGUCGGUGGCGGGGUGGCCCCCGCCCCCACCAAAUGAUGGCGGGAAAUCGAUAGCUGAGAAUGUCUGGUAGAAUUCCAAAUGAAAGGUGAAUCAAUGUCAUCUUGCCCUUUGUGAAUUGGGACAACCAGGAGGGGGAGAAGCGGGGGGGGGGGGGGGGGGGGGAGACAUUAAAUACGUAUUCUUUUAUUUAUUUAUUUGGUGCAGGACAGCAUUGAUUGGAGGUAGAGCGAUGAAGUUUUCGCACAAGGUCACGGAAUACAAUGGACACAAUGGAAUGCUCGGUGAAGAAUUGGGUGACUCACCCUUAGUUCAUUUUUUCAAUAUGUUGUGGGGGGAGAGCAAAACUCAAUUUAUUUUAUUUUUGGCAAUUUUUUAAAAAAAUGAUUGCGGGGGUUUUCGAGGAAAAAAAUGCCAUCUUAAUCAAUGUUGGUUUUCUUCAUUGACUGUAUUUCAAGUGAAAGGCCCAGGCUUGUUUGAUAGCGCUUUUGCCGGAGGAAAAACAUAAGAAUUCAUGUAAAAAAAAGUCCCGUGGGAACUUCUCAAGAAUAAAGUUGUCAUUUUCGGAAAA